ACAAGGUGAGAACCAACAAGAUCCUAUUGCCAUUUAUGUGGAAACGGUUGAAGAUCCGGCAAUACAAGCCAAAGCAGCACAAACAGGGACGGUUUCCUACACCGAGGAUGAUGCUAACCGCAUAUUGUUUGCACCCAUAUCCAGAACGACUGCCCUUGCACACCAAAGCAAACACAGAGAUGGAGGGCAGACUACUGUGCUGUGAAGCUGAAUCAGAACUCAGAGCCCAGGAUGACCCAGUGCUGCUGCAGAGCAGGGUGCUGUGGAAGCUGCUGGCAGCCGAAGAAAGGUAUAUCCCCUCUGCAUCAUACUUCCAGUGUGUACAGAAGGAGGUGCACCCGCACAUGAGGAAGAUGCUGACUAACUGGAUGCUAGAGGUCUGUGAAGAUCAGAAGUGCGGGGAACAGGUUUUCACGCUGGCUGUAAACUGCCUGGAUAGGUUCCUAUCUCUGACGCAAGUAGAGAAGAGGCAUCUCCAGCUUUUGGGCGCAACGUGCCUUCUCCUGGUAUCCAAACUAAAGGAAACAAAUCCCAUCACCAUUGAAAACCUAUGCAUGUACUCUGACUACUCUUUCACAGAGAGGGAACUGAGGUCUAUGGAACUUUUGGUCUUGAACAAGCUAAAGUGGGACAUAGAGGCAGUGACACCUCAGGACUUCCUCUCACACUUACUAGAGCUGCUGAAUAUUCCUGUAGAGAAGAUGACUUUGAUUAGGAAGCACGCAGAAACUUUUAUUGCACUCUGCACCACCGAUUGUACUUUUAUUGCACUUCCACCAUCACUGGUGGCGGCUGCCAGUGUAUCUGCUGCUGUGGGUGGACUACGACUUGAGAAGUUGGGGAAGGCAUACUCUAGUAUGGUGAUCACAAAACACCUUGCUCAUGCUAUCCAGUGUGACCCUUUAUUUCUUAAGACGUGUCAAGAACAGAUAGAAAUAUCACUUCAUUCAACUCUUCACAAUGCUCAAAGAAAUCAGGUGUCGGACUCCAAGAUGGUAGAGGAGAUUGAACGAUCCAGCACCCCAACUGAUGUGCUAGAUAUUGAUUUGUAAUUCUCUAGUAUCGCUCACCUUCCCAGAGAGAAUAUUUUACUUGAUCACUGAUGAUGCCGAUUCUCUAUUCAUACAAAAAAAAGACUUGGUGGUUUUAUUUAAGUCUGAAUUGCUGGUCAGUGUAGCACAAUGCUUGUUGUUCAGAAUAUCAUAUCUUGGUAUCACAACAUCCCAAACAUGGCGAAGGAAUAAAGCACUUUUUAUGUUGCACUCCUACAAACAGUUACAAAAGGUGCUUUGGAACAAAGCAGAGCAGUAGCCUAUUGUGAAUACUUGUUAGCAAAAAGGCAUUUCCUCCUAUGGGCUGUACGCUGGGCAGAUAAAAACCAAGAGAUACACUGAAGAUUCACUUUGUUUGUUUAUUUAUUUUAUGGUUAAUUAUUAUUAUUUAUUUAUUUUAUUUGAUCAUUGUCUAUUAAUUUAACAAGCAACAUAAUGUUAUUUUAUUUAAUUCUCACCUAAUAAUUUAAUUUUUUUUGUUCACUGCACUGCCCCUUACCCUUCUACGAUUGCAAAAAAAUAUUAAAAAGGAAUCUUGCAAAGUUUGAAUACGUUACACAAUAGCAUGUUUAUACUUCAGAUCAUUUUGUGUCAUACGGUAUUACUAUUUAUUCUAUGGUCAUAAUAUUUUUUGUUCUGUUGAUUCUUUAUUUAUUUUUGUUUUGCUAAAACUGCUUUUUCUUUUGGCUUUGAUGCUUUAAAAUGAGUGCAUCACGUAGCUGCCAUUUUAAAUUAAAAAAUAAAAUGCAGCAUACUUUGGAUUCAGCAAAAUGAUGGCUGGGGAGAAAAUGAUUUGUUAGCACAUGUCAGUACAUAUAACAUGUGACCAUUUCUUUGUAAUAUGUUACAUAAAAUGCUUUCAGCAGGGUCUAAAAAAUAAAUAAUGUAUUUUAUAUGUUAAUCUGAGAUACAUUCUAAUUAGAAUGUUGUAUGGAUUCCUCAAAAAAUGAAAAUUGUGGACUUAUUGUGUAACUUAUUUCCAUAGAUUCCACUGUAGGAUGCGGGUUGUAUCAGUUUAUCCUUUUCAUUAUAUUAUUUUCUGUUAAGUUCUGUAUACAUUUUAUUUUUGCACUGGUUGCAUCUUUUCAUGAUUUAUUUUUUAAAUUGUUCUGUUGUGAAAUGAUAAAAUGCAGUGUUAUUCUCUUUCU